AAUGAAUCCAUAUUACUCUUACUAUCCCAAUUCCUAAUAAAAUAGUAAGCAUCAAUUAAUCUAUUAUAGACUUUUGGCAAUAUUAUCAAUAUAAUUAACUUCCCUAUUGGUAUUAGAUGAACAACCAGUAGUAGUAAUAAAUUAUGUCCUACCAAGUAGGAUGUUAAAGCGUGCCAUAAUAAGAUUAAAGCAAUAUUUAGUCUAAUAAUCUACAUCAGAUGAAUGAUCUCUAAAAUUAUGUUGAUAUAUAAAGUUUAGAGAGGAUGAAGACUUAAAAUAAUAUUGAACAAACUAAUUUAAAAGUUGAUCAAGAUUCAAAGAAAAAAGUAAAAAAAUAAAGAGGUAUGAUGUUUAAUCCUAUAUUUAGGUCAUUGGACAAAUGAGGAACAUUAUAAGUUCUUACAAUUUGUUAGACUUCACAACGACCUCUUCAAAACAACUGUUCAUAAGAAAUUAAAUCGUGUAUUUAAAAUGAUGGCUGAAGAAAUUUAAACAAGAAAUGCUUGUUAAUGCAGAUCUCAUUUCUCAAAAUUUAAUCCAUUUAUUGAAACAGUAAGAUUAUAUUAUAUACUUCUAGAACAUUUUAAGAAGAAAAUUGUGUAAUGAUGAAUAAGUAUAUGAAAAAAUGUUUGAAAAUAAAAACAAACUUGAUGUGUAAUGAUAUGUUCAAAAAAAUCAUAAUUUAUAGAAAUAUAUAUUAAAUUAUAUAAAUUAAUAAAUAUAUAUAAAAACAACAUAUGUCAUAACUUCUCUCCAAGAUGGUAUCAUUUGCUGUUCCUAUCGUAGUUUCGAAACACAAGUCAAAGUGAAUUCAAAGUGCCAAGUAUUAUUUCAUGAUAAUUUCAUGAGCAAAGUAAAGCACUGCCUGAUGACUUCGCCUCGUAGAUAUUAAAUAAUGACAUCGUUUUAGUGCUCAGUAAUUAUUCCAAUAAUGAAGCCCUUAAAAAUCUGAUCUAAUUGUAUAUGGUAAAAAUCUAUUUUAAAAAGAAUAGUAAGGGGUAGAGUAUUACAAAGAAUGCGAAGAUAGAGCGCAUGAAUACUUUGAAAUAAAGUUAAAAAACAUAUUUACAAACCCAUCGGUUUUAUAGCCUACAGAAUAAGCUAAACAAAGUACACCUCCAGAAAAGAAGAAAAUCGAAGUGCCAAAAAUAAAUGUUGUGUAAGCUUCAUAUUCAUUUAUGAAUAAACCUAAGACAUCCAAAAAGCCAGAUAACAAUAUACUUUCUUUUAGUUUUUAAGAACCUGUUGUUGAUAAAUUUUUUUAAUGUGGAUCUACAAUAAACAAGAAUUCAAAUAGUUAAAGCUUUUGCAAGAUAAUAAAAAAUACAGAGAGUAGUCAUAGUGGAGAAGAGGAAGAAGAAGAAAUUAUUCAUUAAAAAAAUAUAAUAGAAUAAGAGAAAGAAGAGAAAAUUAAAGAGAUUCAAAAUUAAGUUAUUGAAGAAUAAAUCAUAAUUUAAACAGAAGGUAGAGCAAAAGAAAUAGCUAGUUAAUUUAAAAAGCAAGAAAGACGAAUAUCAUAGGUAAUUAAAAAUAAAAUGACUAUUAAAUAGUAAAUAGAAGCAGGAAUGAAUGCAUAAGAGUCUAGUAUUUAAAAGAGGAAAGAGAUGAGAAAACUACGUUCUUAAUUUUCAUUGCACAAUAUAAAUAAAACUCAAUCAACUCCAACAAUAAAGCAAUUUAAUUAGCAUAAAACUCCAUAAGAUGAUCCUAAUUGUAUACCUGAAGAAACAAAUGAAAUAGGUAGUGGCAAGUUGUCUUCAAAUAAGAAGCAUAUAGAAGUUAAUUAAUUUUAAUUUAAUGAUGAGUGUAAAUGAACC